AUGAGCAAAUCACUGUCUCCCUACGACUCGCUGCGGUACAUUCCGCUCUGCUACGACUAUGCCGACUCGCACAAGACGGCCCUCGCCCUCAUACUCGCCCUGCGCCCGGAAUGGCAAGACUCCAAGGACACAAUUGAAUUCGUGCGCUUCACCGACGGUAUCACAAACACGCUUCUCAAGGCGGUGAACAAGCUGCCGGGCCUGUCCAAGACGGAGGUUGAAGACGAUGCCAUCCUGCUGCGCGCAUACGGCAAAGGCACAGACGUCCUCAUCGACCGCGAGAAGGAAACGCGCUCCCACUCGCUGCUCGCCCGCCACAACCUCGCCCCGUCGCUCUACGCCCGGUUUGAAAAUGGUCUCCUAUACAAGUUCAUUCAAGGCAGCGUGUGUAGCCCUGCCGACCUGCGUCGGCCAGAAGUAUGGCGAGGAGUAGCUCAGAGGCUGGGAGAAUGGCAUGCCACAUUACCUAUUUCGAGUAUUAGCAGCACUUGUCCUGCGCCUGCCCAACUCACUUCCCAAAACAACAAGCGUGAGUCUCUGGCUGCCAUGGCUGCCCUCACGCCAGGCAAACCCAUUCCGAAUCUGUGGACUACUAUGCAGAAGUGGAUCCUUGCCCUGCCGACGACCACGACGGCCCAGUCGGAAAGGAGAGACCAGCUGAUGCAAGAACUGUCGAGUCUGACUGAGAUACUUGGUGACACGCCUGGCAUUGGUGGCUCCAACCCUUUUGUCUUCGCCCAUUGCGACCUUCUCUCAGGCAACGUGAUCAUCGAGCCCUCGCCCUCGUCCGCCUCAGCGUCUCGUCGCUCGAGCGUCUCGAGCGGCUCCGACGAGCCUGAGCCCGUCGCCUGUGUGUCGUUUAUCGACUACGAGUAUGCCACGCCUGCCCCUGCUUCGUUUGACAUUGCCAACCACUUUGCCGAGUGGGGCGGCUUUGACUGCGACUACUCGGCCAUGCCCACACGCACCAUCCGCCGCGCCUUUUUGCGCGAGUACCUGCGCAGCUUCAGCGCCCACCACAACAAGUCAUACAACAACGCCGACCUCGACGUCCUCUUUGACCAGGUCGACAGGUUCCGCGGCGUCCCCGGCUUCUACUGGGGCAUCUGGGCCUUGAUCCAAGCUCAGAUCUCCCUCAUUGACUUUGACUACGCCUCGUAUGCCGAGAUUCGCCUCGGCGAGUACUUUGCGUGGAAGAAGGCGUUUGACGGCGGCAAGGAAGAGGAUAACGAGCGCAUGAUGCUGAGGGAGAAGAUUUGGGCUAGCGACGAGUAG